AUGGAGAAAAUUUUACACAGAUCCGACGUUGACAAGUGCCCGAUGGUGUCCAGAUUGGUUAUACUCCAUGAAGAAGCAGAAGAUGGCAACGCUAUGCCCGAUCUGGCACGGCCAGUGCAGGCCGUGUCCCUCGCCGUUAACAACCUUGUUAAGGUCGGUCAUGAAACUAUCGAGUCCUCCGAUGAUGCCAUUCUUAAGCACGACAUGCCAAGCGCACUACACCGCGUCGAGACAGCGGCUACUCUCUUGCAGCAGGCCUCGGAUAUGCUGCGCGCCGACCCGUACUCUGGCCCCGCUAGGAAAAAGCUGAUAGAAGGCUCACGCGGCAUCCUGCAAGGAACUUCAGCUCUGCUGCUCUGCUUCGAUGAAUCAGAAGUCCGGAAGAUUGUCAAAGAAUGCAAAAAGGUGCUGGACUACUUGGGCGUGGCCGAGGUCAUCGACACCAUGGAGGACCUUGUGCAGUUCCUCAGAGACAUCUCACCAGCUCUAUCUCGUGCAGCGAGGGAGGUGGCAGCACGAGCGUCGGAGUUGACGCACCCACCCCACGCGGAGACCCUGACGCGAUGUCUGGAGAGCGUCAAGCAACUGGCGCCGGUCCUCAUCUGCGCCAUGAAGAUGUACAUCCAUAUCCUCACUGAAGGCAGCAAAGGCAUGGAAGAAGCAGCGGAGAAUCGCAAUUACCUCGCUCAACGCAUGGCAGACGAAAUACACGAGAUCAUACGAGUGUUACAACUGACUUCUUACGUGGAAGAUGGCGGGGAGAAGGACAACAUUGCUGUAUUGAAGGCUUUGCAGGCGCAAAUACAUGGCAAGAUCGCUACUGCACACGAGUUUCUUAACGACCCGGCGGCGCUGCGCAACAGCCUGGGCGAGCGCGCGCUGCGCUCCGUGCUGACGUCCGCGCAGCGCGCCGCCGAGCACGUGGCGCCCGCGCUGGCCGACGCCUUGCGCCGCUCCGUCAGAUCGGGCGGCAUCAACGCCGACCAGCUGUGCGACGAGCGGCAGUUCGGGCGCGGCCGCGACAACCGCGCCCUCAACCUGGCCAACGACCUGCGCCAGCAGCUCAACGAGCUCGACUCCAUCGUCAACGAGGGCGUCAGGGCCGCCGAGAAGCAGGGCGGCAGGACUAUGCAAGCCAGAUUAGAGACAGCUCACAAAUGGUUGCUGCACCCGGCGGCUGAUCCACAGACAAGGAUCGAGGGUCAAAAGGCCAUCAACAGCAUCGUCUCUCAAGGGCAAAGAAUCGUUGACGGCCUCCAAGGCCGCGAGAAGGCAGAGAUCCUGCAGCUGUGCUCCGAGGUACAACGGCUGUCGGACAAGCUCGCCGAUUUGUGCAUGCAGGGCAAGGGAGACUCUGAGGAGGCGCGGGCCAUAACUAGGGAGCUGACGGACAAGCUGCACGAGCUGAAGCGCGCCAUGGAGCGCGCCGUCGUCAACCGCGUGGUGGAGGACUUCAUCGACGUGGCCGCGCCGCUGCGCCACUUCGCCGACGCCGUCAACGCGCCCGAAGGCACUCCGAACCGCGAGCCGAACUUCCACGACAAGGCCGCGGCCCUGGCUGCGUUCAGCCACAAGGCGGCCAGCGCGGCCAACAUGGUUGCCGUGGGAGUGGGCCACAACAAACGCUUGGCCGAUCAGCUCAUUCACAAUGCGCAGCAGGUGGAGAGGCUGUCGCCUCAGCUUAUUGCAGCUGGCAAGAUUCGCUUGCACUAUCCGGAGAGCAAGGUGGCGGAAGAGCAUUUCAACAACCUGAAGGACCAAUACGCGGACGCCGUUUUGCGCGUGCGCGACUUGUGCGACCAGGCCGUUGAUCCGUUGGACUUUGUUCGCACUGCUGGUGAAUUGAUGCAGAAGCACACCUACUUAUGCGAAGAUGCUAUUCGUAAUAACGAUUCACAGAAGAUGGUCGACAAUACAUCGGCGAUUGCUAGGCUGGCCAACCGCGUGCUGCUGGUGGGCGGCGCCGAGCGCGACAACUCGGAGGACGCGGAGUUCGCGCGCGCGCUGGCGGCCGCGCACCAGCGCCUGCAGGCCGCCAUCGCGCCCGCCGUGCGGCUGGCCAAGGCCGUGGCGCUGCAGCAGCGCGCGCAGGUGCCGCCCUGGCGCGCCGCCAACGCCGAGAUCAUAAGUGCAGCAGGCGACGUAGAGGCUGCCCUGGGCAGACACUACGCCCCUCCUCCGCCUCCUCCCGCGCUGCCAGAGGCGCUCAGCAAGAUGCACCUGCUGGAGACCCACGCCCCUCCGCGGCCCCCACCGCCUUCCACCGGCGCUGCCCCUCCACGUCCGCCGCCUCCCGCGGACACGGAUGACGAAGGCGAGGACAUCUUUAGACGGCAGCCGCAUCCCAGUCAGCCAAUCUUGGUAAGUCAGCACUGCAGCAAGCGAGAGCUCAUCACGACGGCCAAGGCUAUCGCCGAGGCGUCGGAGGAGGUCACUCGGCUCGCAAAGAAGUUGGCUAUGGAGUGCACCGACAAGAGAAUCCGGACUAACCUGCUGCAAGUCUGCGAGAGGAUCCCGACCAUCGGCACUCAGCUCAAGAUUCUGUCAACCGUCAAGGCCACCAUGCUGGGUGCACAAGUCGGCAUGGCGGAUUACAAAGACAGAGCAGGAGCAGACCUCGUCGUACUACAUGACGAUCUAGAGAACGCUGCACUACCAGGUCACCCCAAGUACGGCAUCAGGAGCGAAGACGCGAACGUGCAGUCCAACCAUCACAUCGAAGCCGGCCACCAGUUGGGAGGCACAGGAAGGCUUCAGAAUACACACUGGGAGGAUAGGGGUGCUCCUACUACCGCGGACAUCAAGGCGCGAGGCUCCGCCCAAGCUGGGCACUCAUCGCGCGUGCAAUGCGCGGUGUCCGCGGCUGCUUCGCAAUGGUGGCAUGCUGCUGACGGCUCCCUACCUAGCACUUCGCACAGGAACUUGCCUAAGCAUCCGUGCCCAUUGAAGAGCUUGCGCAAAUUUGUCUUCGUGCUAUCGUCAUUCGCGCAUAUGAACCAUCGCGCUUUCAAACCUUCGCGCAACUGA